CCACCCUCCUUUGUCCCUGUAGCUCUUUCACUUAGUGGAGUGGGUUUUGUAAUUCACUUUCAGAGCUUGGGGAUAAUGAGACCCAUUGAAGAGCUUUUGUCUUGUUUUGCACCAGAACCUAGCAUCCUUUUCAAUUCCAGCCAGAAUGCGGUGGCAGGCACUUAGAAGAUUUGGUCAAAAGCUGGUGCGGAGACGUGCGUUGGAGCCAGGCAUGGGCGAGACUCGCCUUGCCAGAUGCCUAAGCACCCUCGACUUAGUGGCCCUGGGUGUGGGCAGCACCUUGGGUGCAGGUGUGUAUGUUCUGGCUGGUGAGGUGGCCAAAGAUAAAGCAGGACCAUCCAUUGUGAUCUGCUUUUUGGUGGCUGCUCUGUCUUCGGUGUUGGCUGGACUGUGCUAUGCUGAGUUUGGCGCCCGGGUCCCUGGCUCUGGUUCUGCCUAUCUCUACAGUUAUGUCACCGUCGGUGAACUCUGGGCCUUCACUACCGGCUGGAACCUCAUCCUCUCCUACGUCAUUGGUACAGCCAGCGUGGCCCGGGCUUGGAGCUCUGCUUUUGACAAUCUGAUUGGGAACCACAUCUCUGAGACUCUGAAGGGGACCAUCUCACUGCAUGUGCCCCAUGUUCUCGCAGAAUAUCCAGAUUUCUUUGCUAUGGCUCUUGUGUUGCUGCUCACUGGAUUGUUGGCCCUGGGGGCGAGUGAAUCGGCCCUGGUUACCAAAGUGUUCACAGGGGCGAACCUCUUGGUUCUCGGGUUUGUCAUUAUCUCUGGCUUCAUAAUGGGAGAUCUGAAAAACUGGAAGCUCACAAAAGAGGACUAUUGCUUGACCAUGGGUGGACUCAACGACACUUGUAGCUUCGAGUCUAUGGGCUCUGGAGGUUUCAUGCCUUUUGGUUUGGAAGGGAUCCUCCGUGGCGCUGCUACCUGUUUCUAUGCCUUCGUUGGUUUUGACUGUAUUGCGACCACCGGGGAAGAGGCUCAGAAUCCCCAGCGCUCCAUCCCUAUGGGUAUUGUGAUCUCACUGUCCGUCUGCUUUCUGGCAUAUUUCGGUGUGUCUGCGGCACUUACCCUCAUGAUGCCUUACUACAAGCUUCGGCCGGAGAGCCCUCUACCUGAGGCAUUUUCCUACGUUGGCUGGGAUCCUGCCAGCUACCUUGUGGCUGUUGGCUCCCUCUGCGCUCUUUCCACUAGCCUUUUGGGCUCCAUGUUUCCGAUGCCCCGGGUGAUCUACUCGAUGGCAGAAGAUGGCCUCCUGUUCCGUGUCCUUGCUAAGGUCCACAACGGCACACACACCCCUAUUGUGGCCACUGUGGUAUCUGGUGUUAUUGCAGCAUUCAUGGCAUUCCUCUUCGAACUCGCCGACCUUGUGGACCUCAUGUCGAUUGGGACUCUGCUUGCUUACUCCUUGGUGUCCAUUUGUGUUCUCAUUCUGAGAUACCAGCCUGACCAGGAAAUGAAGAAUGAUGAAGAGGAAGUGGAAUCGCAGGAGGAGAAGACACUUGAAGAAGAGAAGCUGACUGCCCGGGCUCUGUUUUGUCCAGUCAACUCCAUCCCUUCCCUCCUUUCUGGCCGAGUUGUCUAUGUUUGCUCCUCACUGCUUGCUGUACUACUGACUGUUCUUUGCCUGGUGCUGACCCGAUGGACAACUCCACUUAGUUCUGGAGACCCAGUGUGGAUCACAGUGGUUGUGCUGAUCCUGGGGCUCAUUCUUGGAACUGCUGGAGUCCUCUGGAGACAGCCACAGAACAACACUCCCCUUCACUUUAAGGUGCCUCUUCUGCCUCUACUCCCGCUGGUGAGCAUCUUUGUGAAUGUUUACCUGAUGAUGCAGAUGACAGUUGGCACUUGGGCCCGAUUUGGGAUCUGGAUGCUGAUUGGAUUUGGUAUCUACUUUGGCUAUGGGAUCCGGCACAGUGUGGAAGAAGUUAAGAAUCAUCAAACCCUACCGAAAACAAGGACCCAAACUGUAGACCUUGAUCUCACUGCUUCCUGUGUUCACACCAUUUGACCUAAUCAUACCCGAAUGCUGUCUAGUCCCCCUACACAAUAAUGGAGAUCACUCUUGACCCCACAGAGAGCUGGGCCUCUCAUGUGGUACUAGUGGGGGAUACUAAAUAGAGCUCUAUUUAUUGUGGAACAAUGAACAUUUCUUUGCUG